GGAGAGAGACAACAGGGGCAGGGGAGACCCGAAGGAAGAGACGCCAGAGAAGGCACUGCGGAGAGGAAGAAGGAGGCCUCCUGGGAAUAGGCAGCGUGUGACCGAUUAAUGAAUGUGUACACAGAGUGCACGCUGCAGCACCGCAGACACGUUUGCAGAGACCGCACGGGAAGACAGGCGGGGAGCCAGCUGGAGAGACAGCCACUGACAGCCAGAGAGGAGGAGGAAGAGAGGGGCAGACACACCGGGAAUGGUGGUCUUAGACUGGCGUAAAGAAGCUGCACAAUGCAACGAGGAGGAUGGAGAAGUCGAGCCAGCAACGCAGAUGGCUGGGCUGCCUGGGGAGGCUAUAUGGCCGCAAAAGUGCAAAAAUUAGACGAGCAGUUCCGAUCCGAUGCCCCAUUCCUGCAGCAGAAAGAUGGGACAGCAUCCUCUAUAUUUAACGGUGUUUCUAUUUAUGUGAAUGGGUAUACAGACCCUACAGCAGAUCAGUUGCGUCAUAUGAUGAUGUUGCACGGAGGCCAAUAUCAUAUGUACUAUUCGCGUUGUAAAACAACACACAUCAUUGCCACAAAUCUCCCAAAUAACAAGAUUAAGGAGCUGAGGGAUGAGAAAGUUGUACGUCCUGAGUGGAUAACAGAAAGUAUAAAAGCUGGACGUCUCCUGUCCUAUGUUCCCUAUCAGCUUUAUACAAAGCAGUCCAGUGUUCAGAAAAGCCUGAAUUUUACCUCCAAGUGCAAAUCUGAAGAUCAUAUCCCAGGAACAAGCUGCAUCAAAGGGGAUGCCAACCUCACAACAAACCAUUCCGUGACAGACUCCUCUGUGAAGUCAAGCACCAGUCACACAAAUGGAAUGGAUGAAUGGGAAGAUGAAGAAGAGCACAGAGAUGACUAUUUUGAAAUGGUGGACCUAGAGCAAGAAUUUUCUGAUGACAAGCCUAAUGGAAUACAGAACCACACAGGCAAUAUAGCUGUGUACAACGGACACAACUGCAGCUCUAAUAGUGCCUUAAAGCCACUGGAAAGCUCAGUGCAUUUAAAUAACUCUUUUACAUGUAGAUCUUUUUCAUUGCAACAGCAGGAAAAGCCAGGAACAGGAUGUGCUGACGUUACAGACUGCACUUUAGAUCCGUUGCAACCAAACAAUAGACACGUGGACAAUGUAUGUGACCCGCACAGGACUGCAUCAAGUUCUCUUUCUCCCUCAUCCUCAUCUUUGCACAGUAACAUUAAAGUCAAUGGUGCUCACCACUCGCUCCUGGGGCCUUCAAGCACAAAAAGCACUACAGUACUUUCACCCACUCGGGCAGCCUCCCCCCAGCUCCCCAAGACGACUGACUCCAAUUUUAUCUCUGACUUUUACUCUCACUCAAGACUUCAUCACAUAUCGACAUGGAAAUGUGAGUUCACAGAGUUUGUCCGCAACCUUCAGACUCAGAGUAAUGGUACUUUCCCUGGCCGUGAGAGAUUUAAAAAGACAAAGACAGGAGCCAGAUCUGUUUCAAACAUAACCAAGUGCCAGAACUGCAUUAUUCACGUGGAUAUGGACUGCUUCUUUGUAUCUGUGGGUAUUCGCAACCGACCAGACCUCAAAGGAAAACCAGUAGCGGUUACGAGCAAUAGGGGUGCUGGGAGGCAGUUGUUGCGUGAAGGAGCCGAUCCCCAUCUUGAGUUUCAAUAUUAUCAAAACAAAGUGCUGAACGGCAAGGCUGAACUUCCCAAUAAGGAGGCUCCAUCUAACCAUGAAAGCUCAGGUUUCGCACAAAGAAAUGGACUGGAUUUGGAUGCCUCAAAUUUAUCAUUAGCGGAAAUUGCAUCCUGUAGUUAUGAAGCAAGGAAGGCCGGGGUAAAAAAUGGAAUGUUCUUUGGGAAAGCAAAGCAACUCUGCCCAGAUCUUCAAGUUGUUCCCUAUGAUUUUGAUGCCUACAAAGAGGUUGCCAUGACUAUGUACAAUACAUUAGCAAGUUACACUCACGAUAUUGAGGCUGUCAGCUGCGAUGAAGCUCUAGCCGACAUUACGGAAAUCCUUGCAGAAACCAGACUGGCUCCUGAUGAAGUUGCUACUGCUAUUCGCAAUGAUAUUAAAGAAAAGACCGGGUGCGCUGCUUCCAUUGGAAUGGGUUCUAAUAUUCUUCUGGCAAGAAUAGCAACCCGUCGAGCAAAACCAGAUGGACAGUACCAUUUAAAACCCGAGGAAGUGGAUGAUUUUAUUAGAGGACAACUAGUUAAUAAUUUACCAGGAGUUGGCAGGUCUAUGGAACACAAACUCAUGUCAAUGGGCAUUAAAACCUGUGGCGACCUCCAAAACAUCACAAUGUCAAAACUCCAGAAAGAGUUUGGACCAAAAACAGGGCAGAUGUUGUACCGGUUUUGUAGGGGCUUAGACGAUCGACCGAUUAGAAAAGAGAAAGAGAGAAAGUCUGUGUCUGCUGAGAUCAACUAUGGCAUCCGGUUUACAAAGCCUCAGGAAGCUGACACUUUCCUCAUGAACCUUUCUGAUGAGAUCCAAAGAAGGCUGCAGACAGUUGGUAUGAAAGGACGUAAAUUAACUCUUAAAAUAAUGGUUAGAAAAGCCGGAGCCCCCAUAGAGCCGGCAAAGUUUGGAGGUCAUGGAAUUUGUGAUAAUGUUGCCAGGACUGUAACCCUAGACCAGGCGACUGAUAAUGGCCAAGCAAUAGGCAGAGAAGCUCUGAAUAUGUUCCAUUCUAUGAAACUGAACAUUGCUGAUAUGAGAGGGGUUGGGCUUCAGAUGCACCAGUUGGUUCCAGUAAAUAGGUCUUCUAACUCAUCGUCCUUAAAAUCUGGACUUCUGCAUGGAGGCUCACGCUCAGUUCUAGAUAUGUUUCAGGGACAAAAGAUGAAGAAGGCAGCAGACGAUGACAGAAAUGUUAUUGUCGCUUCUGCGGAUGUUGAAAUAUCAUCUGGUUUGGGGACAUGUCCUUCUUCUGUUUCCAGUUGUAAUACGUGUGCCACAUCUGAUCAGGGCCCUAGUACCAGCAAAACAGAGUCCCCUGGGAAGAAGAAUGGUCUGCAUUCCCCAAUCAAUGUGAAGUCAAGACUCAAUUUUACGAUUGAGGUUCCCUCUCCCUCACAGGUUGACCCAUCUGUCUUGGAAGCAUUACCUCCUGACAUAAGGGAGCAAGUGGAACAAACACUUGCCAUCCAAAAUCGGUUACCACGCGAUGAAUGCAGGAAGGAGCCCUCAAAUGGCAGAAGUAUUGGUAGGGUCAAACAACAGACGGUGGCAACAGUUCUCUUACAGAUUCCCCCGCUCUCAGACCAAAGUGAAGAGACGGGCAUUAAUGUGAUAGCUCUUCCAGCAUUUUCACAGGUGGAUCCUGAAGUGUUUGCUGCCCUACCUCCUGAACUCCAGGAGGAGCUGAGAGCUGCUUAUGGUCAGAGAAACAGGCAGCCAGAAAAUAGCAUUAAUCUAAACCCAUCCUUUGUUUCAAAAAAUCCUCUGCUACAACUGAAAAAGCAUGCAGUGAAGUCAAAGAAAAAGAGGAGAAAGAAAAACCACAUAAGCCCAACGAAAAAAAUCCAGAGUCCCUUGAAAACCAUGCUGUUUAAUAGCCCCACUAAAAAUACCAUGUCUUCGGGGAGUCCUCUUAAACAUAAGGAAGGGUCCUUAAAACAAGAAGCCAUACCUCAGAUGCAGUCUCAGGGUGAAUUAGGCCCUUCAAUGUCGACUAAUCCAGGACCUCAGACUCAAUGUGGCAAUUCCUUCAGGUCAAGAGCACCUAAUCUAGCUGGCGCUAUUGAAUUUAGUGACGUAAAAACAUUGCUUAAAGAGUGGAUUACCACAAUCUCUGAUCCCAUGGAAGAAGAUAUUCUGCAGGUGGUGAAAUACUGCACCGAUUUAAUAGAGGAAAAAGAUUUGGAAAAGCUAGAUCUGGUCAUAAAAUACAUGAAAAGGUUAAUGCAGCAGUCUGUGGAGUCUGUGUGGAACAUGGCAUUCGAGUUCAUCCUGGACAACGUUCAGGUUGUCUUACAGCAAACUUACGGGAGCUCAUUGAAGGUCGUCUAACCCCUUGCAGAGAGCCUGAUGCCCUGGACUAACCGUGCCAUAAGUGCAUGAUGAUCUCAAUGCUCAAACUUUUAAAAAGUCAUUUUAAAUAGUUUUUUUGACACUGUUCUUUUGUACAUUCUUUUUUUUUUCUUCAGGAAGUGCCAAAACUUGUCAGUAUUGCAUGUAAAUAUUUUGUGUUUCAACUUCUUUUCUUGUCGGAUAGGGUUUAUUUACAAAAUGUUUGUUUUAUAAAAGGUUUUAUGGAUUUUUACAGUGAAGUGUUCGAACUUGUUUAAUAAAGAACUCUAAGUCUA